GGCACGGGGUGGGGGAUGGAGCAGCCCUGCCGGGGAGCGAGCGAGGGAGCCGCCUGGCUCAGGCCGCCUCUGCAGCCCGCACCCUGGCGUCCGCUGUUUGCAGCAGCUGACGUCAUACGCCCAUCUCCACAGUCGUCCCCGCUUUGCAGCCUAGACCCUGGGGUGCGGAGGGGCAAGGGGCCGGGCCCGGGUGGCGCAGCUGGCACAAGCUUGCUGCAGGAGGUGGUCUACCUGGUGAGCCAGGGCGCCGACCCCGACGAGAUCGGGCUGAUGAACAUCGACGAGCAGCUGCCGGUCUUGGAGUACCCGCAGCCCGGCCUGGACAUCAUCAAGGAGCUGACGUCGCCGCGUCUCAUCAAGAGCCACCUCCCCUACCGCUUCCUGCCCUCCGACCUCCACAACGGCGAUUCCAAGGUCAUCUACAUGGCGCGGAACCCCAAGGACCUGGUGGUGGCUUACUACCAGUUCCACCGCUCCCUGCGCACCAUGAGCUACCGCGGCACCUUCCAGGAGUUCUGCCGGAGGUUCAUGCACGACAAGCUGGGCUACGGCUCCUGGUUCGAGCACGUGCAGGAGUUCUGGGAGCACCGCACGGACGCGAACGUGCUUUUCCUCAAGUACGAAGACAUGCACCGGGACCUGGUGACGAUGGUGGAGCAGCUGGCCAGGUUCCUGGGGGUGACCUGUGACAAGGCGCAGCUGGAGUCCCUGAUCGAGCACUGCCACCAGCUGGUGGACCAGUGCUGCAACGCAGAGGCCCUGCCGGUGGGCCGGGGCAGGGUGGGGCUGUGGAAGGACAUCUUCACUGUGUCCAUGAACGAGAAGUUCGACCUGGUGUACAAGCAGAAGAUGGGGAAGUGCGACCUCGCCUUCGACUUCUGCUUGUAGUGGCCGGCGGCCCCGCAUGCCCACGCCCCGCCGCCCACGCCCACGCCACGCCCACGCUCGCCGCUGCAAGUCCCUGCGCUCUGUCACUUGCGGGCCCUGGGGGGGCAGCCAGGAAGAGGGGCCGGCCGAGCGGCUCCCCGCGCCCCUGGGAAGCAUGAGGCGCGGCCCGCCUGCCUUUUACAGCCCCUGUAUUUACUGUAUUUUAUAGAGCUUUCACGGGAGUCUGAAUAAAUGUCCGUCGACCCAACACAAGUUCAUUUCCAGGGCCUCAGGAGUGAGCCGCGCCCGGACGGAGGCAGAUCUCAGGGUGGACACUUGCUUUUUGUCGUUUGCUUCCGCAAGGCACAGGCCCUCGGUUCUCCCCGGGUUCUGGGACGAGGGGUGAAGGGUGAGUUGGGGUACAGUGGGGAGACCUGUUUACGGAUGGAGCUCGGCUCUUUGUAACCUUCCUGAAAUAAAGCAGAAGCUGUUUACCAGGG